AUGUCGGCCAGAAGGAAUAUAUUAGUAGCAGUGGGCUGCUGCCUGGUGUUUAAUAUUCUGACUAUUGAGGCUAGGUCUUUGGAGGAAACUGCUGUCAGGACGAAGCGGGACUCCUCUGACUGGUGGACCCUUCUGGAGGAUAUUAUCUAUGAUAGUGAUACCGAUGAUGACGUCGACACUGAAAGUUACUUGAUUUGUAGCAAUUGCACGGUUGUAGUUCAAUCUGCUCCUAAUGCUACGGCAGGUGGAGGUACUGUAGCUCCACCAGCUCCAGGAUCCGCUACAGCGUCUCCGGUGACUCCUCCAGGAUCAAAUCCAGCUGUUACUGCUCCUCCUGCAACUUCGGCUCCUGCCAUAACCGCACCUCCUGCAGUAACUACAGCACCAGUACAACCAGUGCCACCUGCUCCAGCAGCUGCUCCUGGUGGCUAAGGAUUCACCCUGAUACAUAGAACCACUACCUUAUAACACUUCUCCAACAGUAGCUUUUAAAUGGGAUUUGGUAUACGAUCAUUUUGACUGUGGGCUAACAACCCACCUAGAAUAAAACUGGCGUUUGAGCCGUAAA